AUGUCUCAAGAUGCCGAUCUAUCCCUAUCCUUCCAUCUGCACGCGGAACUUCUCCCCAACAUCCGCCAAGUGACACUCUACAUUUCACUUCCUCAAGAUGAGAAAAUAAACAAUCUACAGCCAGAGGUUUCGCUUACCGAGUCCCGACGUGCGGUGACAGUGUCGCUCCCUGAACCGUUCCAGGAUGCGGUUGAGACGAUCAAGUUGCCGGCUCGUGUUGGUGAGGCGUCUCGGCGCGUCUUGCGGAUGGGUAAAUUGGGUGGGGAUAUCGCACAGAAUAACAAGACAGAAUCAGAGAGAAGGGAAUUUUCGUUCAGAAUGCCGAUUGAUGCCGAUGAAGUGCCCUUUGUGCCUCGAGAAGAGGUUAUAGAUGACUUUGUGCCGUGGACUGCCGCAGAUAUGUCGUCGUCGACUAAAUUACGCUGUCGAAAGUGUGGGAAUAUGAUUUUGAAUGCCCCGGAAUUUGAUAAUGAAAGCGGUACACGCACAGGGUGGGUAUGGAAAGACCUCCCUAGCGGUAAUUGGGCCGAGAUGAUGGAUUUCUGGCAUUGCCACAAGCCUGAUACGCAUGAGGACGAUAAAGAGCCCGGGGGCGAGGCACAGAAUGAUCUAGUCAAGGGUUAUGGUGCGGCAAACCAACUUGUGGCGAUACCAGGGACUGUCCUAGUGGAUGUGGCAACUUUCCUGGUCGCACAAGGCGAUUGUAAGGGGUUAAAAAAGGUUCAAGAUGAGAGCUCUAAAGCAUCAUCCGCAAACACCAAAAGAGUGAAUAUAACCUGCCAACAAUGUGAUACGCUUGUAGGCCUGGAAGACCCCAUGGCCGAUGGAUGGAGACUUCUCAAAGCGAAUCUCUCCGCAAACACACAGCCAGCUGAGGGCAUUGAAACAGAAGAGCCGACUUGGACAAGCCACCCAACGGAGACCGUGGUAGCCGCUCAGCUGCUAGAAUUGAUUGAGAGAGAAAGCGCUCGAAGAUUCGCCGUCCAUUGUGGACAGAAGAAUGGACUCCUGCUUUGGGUCUUCAAUCCAGAUCUCCGGUAUUCCAAUUCUGGCGCAGACCACAGCACAACUGCCCAGCGAGGCAUGAAGGUCUUCUUUCGGGAUACGCCCAAUGUCGACGACGUUAUCAACCCAGAGCAAGGAAAGGCGUCUUCCUUAUCUCUGGAGGAGUUGGAACUGCCAUCGAGUAUCUUCGCUGCCGUCUCUGAAUGCCUGAUAAGAAGCAGUGAAACGUUACCAUCAUCUGCAAGGCACUUUCGAGAAUGGAGAGUGGGACUGUUGAAUCGAUUCGAACGGCCAGGGAGGGGUUGA